AUGCGCAGCAUCAGCAGUUCCAGUGAGGAGCAUAUGGAUUGUACAGGAAGCUGGUCUGAGUCGGACGAUGAGCUUGAAGAAGCAGAGAACUUACAGAGUGCUACUUACGAGUUUGACACAGAUUUGAUUGAUGGAGACGAGGAAUCGGACAAAGAGGCUGAUGAUAACAAGGAUGGUUCAGUGUUGGAUGACGAGCGCAGUGAGUUUGGUUAUGGUGACCUAGAGGAGCAGUUGUUAUCGGAUGACAGCUCAGAAGAGGAAGGCUCGCAGGAUGAACUAGAUGAUGCCGUUCUUGGUGCUGAGGACGGAGAGGGUGCUGCGGAUACUGAAGAGGAUUAUGGUGACUAUGCUGACUGUGUGAGGGAAGAAACAUAUUACAUUACUAUUGUAUUGAUAAUUCUUGCAUACAUACAUGUGCGAGUGACGAUUACUUUGUCAUCUGGGAGCCUUACAAUGCCUGGCAUGACGCCUUCAACCGUCCUUCCAACAUACUCGAUGAGUGAAGGGAAUCCUGCUCGUAAGAAGUGUUGGGGAUUGCUGAAGCGAAGUCAUUCAAACCCUCAGUUGGCAGAUGAGAGAGGGCAGAGGGCAGCUAGUGAUUCUCCCAACCCCAAACCCACAGUCACAGGUUCUAGCGUACAGGAUCCCCUACACCUUCAGACAAGCCAGCUUGUUGAGGAAAAGCUUGCGAAUGCCAAAGCACAUCUCGACGGCAUCAAACAUGUUUCAGGGAUGGUGGAAAAUACUGCUUCAGCAUCCGACAACCUACAAUCUGCUUCAGAUAUGAUCGACACGUUUUCCCAACUUCUCGCACCAUUAAGAGUGUUUAACUCCAUUGUUACAGGGCUUGCGGAUGUCCAUCCCUAUGCAAAGGUGGCAUUGAGUAUCUUCACCUUCGUGUCAAAGAUCUCGGACAUCUAUGUUUUAUUAAUGGAAGGGGACAGAUUGGCUAGGAUUUCAUCCAUGCUAGAGAUUUAUGGAAAGAUUGUGCAACAAACGUUGGAGUGUGCUGACUUUGUCGUCCAUUACUCGGAUAUGCAGAAUUUUUCUCUUUACAGGGCGAAGACUUGGCAAACAUGCCUUGAAUGA